UGUGCGCCAGACGGCCGUUUCUCUGAAUCUGCAGGUCCUGGCGAAGAGCACAUUAUUUUCGUGAAGCCCUCCCCAAGAAAGCAAAUCGAGGAGAAAUCAUGCUGUGCAACGUUGAGCGGUGCCUUGGUUUUGCAGUCACAUUUCAGCAGAAUCGUUCGAUCAUGGCGAUAUCCGUCGGACGACAGCGACUUCAGAUUGACCCUCACCGACUCCUCAAACGCGGAAGUCGCGAGACGACUGCGAUCUCGAGAUUCGAAGAAUAUUCAAAUUCUUGGGAAGCGCAGCGUGGAGGCGACGGAAACCGGUUCGAGGCGGUUGUACCCGUUCGUCGUUCGUGCGUGCUGAGGUCUCAUGCCCGCAACGAUGACAGCAGUCAACAGAGCGCAGACAUGUCUCGAGAUCCAAGCCUCUGGUUCGUCUUCGUGUUACUCGACGCUGACAGAGACACGGCGAAGCAUCGAGCAAAAUGGUGCCGGGCUCCCCAGCUCCAACGCUCCAACCCGGCCAAGUCAGGACAGCUCUGCAGGCUGAGUGGGAAGUCAUGCGUGUGCUGAGGGCUGCUGGGUGGGGGAUUAUCGGAAAAAUACGCUUGCGCUGCCGGUGCGCUGCGGGAGGCAGUCAGAUGUCAAGGCGGCAGAGGCGUGAGAGCCCUGGGGAGCCUUCUUCAUUUACAAGCUCUCCAGUGCUGUGCGAUGACAAG